AAACCGUCCCUUACGUACCGAACAACGAUAUGUGAAUAAAGUAUUAAAAAGAACGAGUUGAUCACAAGUUAAUUAAGCAGACUUUAGCAUCUACAUUAGUUUAAUCACUAGUUUGAACAUGGACGAAGCUAUUCUAAACGAGCGAAUGAUUCAACUUAAGCGAGCACGAUCGGGCUAUAAAUCGGUUCUAACUAGAGGGAAGAACAAACUUCUCGAGCUAAUGAAGAGUCAUGACCAAGUGAGCGUUGAAGCAAUAAAGCGAAAAAAUGAUGAAAUAGACGAGACCUUUAACAUGUUUGCCGUCGCUCACGUUAAUGUCCACAGUCAGCUUGUCGAGCGGAGCGAAAUAGAACAAUCAGAACAAUAUUAUAAAGACGAAUACGACGAAAUACAGCUAUUGUACAAGAAAGUAAACCUGUGGAUCGAGGACAUGGAGCAAAGAACUAGACUUCAAGUCGAAGACGAAGUAAAUCCUGAAGAUUCUGCCAGCCAGAGAAGCGCCACAGGACGAUCAACAACAAGUAACCUGUCCAAACACUCAACAUCCAGCUCAACUAAGCUACGGUUGGUUGAAGAAGCAGCUAAUCGGAAAGCGCUCGAAGCUAAACUCGAACUACUAGGAGAAAAACAAGCUUUAGCCGAAAGACGACUCAAGCUACAGAAAACAAGGGACGAAGAGAACAUGCGCCUACAGCAGGCUGAAGAACGACUGACAGUUAAAUCUGAAUUGGCUGAAUGUUAUGCAAGAGAGAAAGUAUUUGCCGAAGCCGAAGCAGCAGAGCGUGGGGCGUCUUUGAAUAUUAAAGAACCAUUGUCAAGGACAAAGUCAACAUCAUUGAAGCAUGAACAAUCAAUGUCGGGGGCGUCAAACAGUCUCAAAUCGGACAAUAGACCAUAUGAAGACAAUAGCGAAGUAUUGUGUGAAACAAAACGGCAAUUAAUUAACUCUGUUCGUAACCGUGAAAUAAAUCCUUUAACCUUGAAUGAUUUAUUCAUACAACAACAAACGAAUGCGAUGGCGUUGGCGUUACCGAAACCGAGCGUACCUUUGUUUGGUGGGAAUGCGAUGGAAUAUUGCGACUUUAUUCGAGCGUUCGAAAACAUUAUCGAAGCAAAUACAAAGAGCUCCAGCGCAAGAUUGUAUUACCUCAUACAAUAUACAACUGGGGAAGUACAAGAGCUAAUGCGUAGCUGUUCGGCGAUGGAUCCUGAAAGAGGUUAUCUCGAAGCAAGGAAACUUUUAAAGAAAAGAUUCGGUCAGAAUUAUAGAAUUGCCACAGCCUAUGUCGAUAAACUCACGAAAGGACCGGUUAUUAAAAGAGAAGACAACGCAGCCAUUCAACGAUUGUCGGUUCAGUUAACAUCGUGUAUGAACACACUUACUGAAAUCGGUUAUAUGAGCAAGAUCGAGAACCCAGAGUGCUUGAAGUUAAUCAUCGCAAGACUACCGUACGAUACGAGAAAAAGGUGGCGUGUCGUCGCCGAUAAUAUAACUGAGGAUGAAGAGAGAGAAAUUUCCCUUCGCGAUGUUACUCGAUUUGUCGAAAGGCAAGCACGAAUCGUCAAUCAUCCCGUGUUUGGUAACAUUUCAGCUGAUUAUGACUAUACUGGCAAAAGGAUCAGAAACGAGAAACUGAAAGGGACUAGUUUAGCUACGCAAGUUGGGAAAAGGAAUGAUGAUACUAAACGGAAAGGCAACUUCGGCAAUGUUGAACCACCAAGACCAAUCAAGAAUUGCAUUGUUUGCAACCAAGCCCAUACACCGGAAGAAUGUUCAAAAUUCCGAGCUAUGUCCUACGAAGAACGCGUGGAACUUGUCAAACGUAAAGGUUUAUGUUUCAAUUGUUUAACACCUCAUCAUAUGGCAAAGGAUUGUCGAAGACAGAAGAGUUGCAAAGAGUGUGGUCGAAGACAUUCUACAAUGUUGCACCUAACUCCCUCGAGAAACGAUCAGCGCUUGGGAAGUCAACGCAAUUUAUCGUCAGCCGAGAAACAAGUUCAAACGGAAGAAAGUUUUACCAGUAACGAGCGAUCGUGUACAUUUACAGACGUGCCAAGAUUAGCAGUUGGCCUAUCAGUCGUUCCAGUCAAGGUUAAAGUCAAGAAGGACGGACACCCAGAACGCUAUAUCUCAACUUAUGCUCUAUUGGACGGCGGGUCAAACACUACGUUCUGCACGGAGGCGCUUAAAGAUCAAUUGGGUUUGACAGGCGAUACAACCAAAUUCUCACUAACAACUAUGACAAAGAAGAACAAAGAAACGAAAAGUACUGUCGUUAGUUUCGAAGUGUAUGAUCUUGACGAAAACGUUUUCCUUGAACUACCAACAGUGUUCACAAUGCCUUCAAUGCCAGUAACUCAAGACGACAUACCCAGGCAAGCUGACGUAGAUCGGUGGCCACACUUAAACGGAAUACGAUUGGAGCAUAUAAAUGCAGAAGUUGGUUUACUGAUUGGCAAUGAUAAUAUUAAAGCACUCGAGCCGGAAGAAAUACGUAAAGCAGAGAACGGCGGUCCUUACGCUGUUAGAACACAGUUUGGAUGGGCAUUAAACGGACCACUUGGUCGACAUCAUAGCAGUGACGCGAGACGAUCAUCGAAUUUCAUAAAGACCAAUGUUGGACUCACCGAACAGUUCGAACGUUUCUGUAAUAGAGAAUUUAACGAUAGCAUAGACGAAGAAAAACUACAAUUCUCUCAAGACGACCACAAAGCUUACAGCAUCAUGAAAGAAACAAGUAGAUUGAACGAUGGUCACUACGACAUCGCUCUACCUUGGAGAAUGGAGGAACCUUGCCUACCCGAUAAUAAACUAUUGGCACGACAUCGUCUCAACGUUUUGAAGAAAAAGCUUACGAAAAACCAAGAGCUGUUUCAGAAAUACUCCGAGUUCAUUGGAAACUUGCUUAGCAUGGGCUAUGCGGAAAAGGUACCGGAAGAAGAACGUGAUCGAUCUGAUGGACAUGUUUGGUAUUUGCCACAUCACCCAGUGUUCCAUCCGACGAAAGGAAAACUCCGCGUAGUAUUCGACUGUUCCGCGAAGUAUAGAGACAUUUCGCUCAACAGCCAACUUCUAACGGGACCCAAUUUGACCAAUACACUCGUGGGAGUUUUAAUGCGAUUUAGACAAGAUCCAGUGGCGAUCAUGAGCGAUAUCGAGGCCAUGUUCCACCAGGUUCGCGUCAUAUGUAAUCAGCGAGAUUUUCUACGAUUCCUUUGGUGGCCUGGAAAUGAUUUGUUGCAAGAGCCAGUCGAGUAUAGAAUGAAAGUACACCUAUUCGGAGCAGUUUCAUCCCCAAGCUGCUGCAGUUUUGCAAUUCAGAAGACUGCCGAAGAUAACAAGGAUUCCUUUGAUGCAGAAACAAUCCAGACUGUAAUGCGCAACUUUUACGUGGAUGAUUGCUUGAAGUCCGUGGAAAACGACCUUGUCGCAAUUAACCUAGUGCAACAACUCCGACAACUGAUGGCGAAAGGUGGGUUUCGCUUAACGAAAUGGUUAUCCAACUCUCGGCGAGUUCUCGAAGCCAUUCCUGAAUCAGAAAGAGCAGCUACAGUCAAGAACCUCGACUUAGAAGAUUUACCCAUUGAAAGAGCACUUGGAAACCAUUGGAAUAUCGAAAUGGACGUCUUUGGUUACAACGUCACAAUCAAAACUCGUCCACAGACUCGGCGUGGUAUUCUAUCUAUAGUUACCUCCAUUUAUGAUCCUUUGGGCAUAGCAGCACCGUUUGUUCUACCAGCUAAAUUGAUUUUACAAGAACUGUGUCGUAAAGGAGUUGGUUGGGACGAGCCUAUUCCGGAAGAGCAUCGGAUUCGGUGGGAACGAUGGUUAGCAGAAUUACCAAGAUUAGCAGAAUUCUCAGUCAGUCGUUGUUUCAAACCAGUCGAAUUUGGCCCAGUCGUGUCCUGCCAAUUACAUCAUUUCUCUGACGCGUCCGAAAGUGCUUAUGGUGCCGUGUCGUACGUGCGAAUGGUCAACCAAGAUGAGAAGAUCCACUGCGCUUUCUUGAUCGGGAAAUCGCGGGUAGCUCCACUCAAAUCAAUGACCAUACCGAGACUCGAACUGUCGGCAGCGACUGUUUCUGUUCGACUCGACAAGAUGGCAAGACGAGAAUUAGAAUUGCCCAUUGACGAUUCGAUAUUUUGGACCGAUAGCACUUCCGUCCUCCGCUACAUCGAAAACCAAGAUAAACGUUUCAAUACGUUCGUAGCGAAUAGAAUUGGUGCCAUUCGGGAUAAUUCUUCUCCGUCGCAGUGGAGACACGUUGAUGGGAAAUUGAAUCCGGCAGACGAUGCUUCUAGAGGUUUAUCCGCUGAUGACUUCCUGAGCUGCGCAAGAUGGAUAAAGGGGCCGGAGUUUCUUUGGCGUCCGUCAGAAGUCUGGCCAAAGCGACCCGACGGCUUGGGAGAAGUUUUAUCCGAUGACCCUGAGGUGAAGAAAGACGUGAUAACGUGUAUUUCAAUUAAAGAUGAAGGUGUAAGGACAGUCGAUUCAAUCAUUGAACACUUUUCAUCGUGGGCUCGAUUGAAGAAAUUUUUCGCCUGGAUGCUGCGAUUUAGACAGAAUUUACUCGUAGCUCACCGUAAACGUAGCAAUGGAAAUUCAGCAAAUGAUCAUCAACAGAGUACCAUCAAACCUAUUACUGUCACCGAAUUGAAGAUAGCUGAAAGGGAGUUGUUGAAGCAUGUGCAGAAAACGAAUUUUCCCGAAGAGUUAGCGAGUUGUCGUGGCGCCAUUGUUCCAGCAAGCAAAUCAACACGGGGGGCACGCGUAAAGAAGACUAGUUCGAUAUUCACGUUAGAUCCUGUGCUGAUUGAUGGGCUAUUACGAGUUGGCGGCCGCCUACGACGCGCUUCAAUACCUGAAGAUGCAAAACAUCAAGUUAUUAUACCGAAAGCUCACCAUGUUACAGAUCUGAUCGUUCGUCAUUAUCACGAAGUAUCUGGACAUUCGGGUAGAGAAUACGUACUGUCACUGCUGAGGGGAUCAUUUUGGAUCAUCCAUGCCAAUACCGCUGUUCGAAGAAUACUAAGUCGAUGUGUCGAUUGUCGUAGAAGGCAGGGAUCUCCUGGGGAGCAAAAGAUGGCGGAUCUACCUGCGGACCGAGUCACUGCAGAUCAACCACCAUUUACAAAUGUCGGAGUAGAUUUCUUCGGACCGUUUUUCGUUAAGAGAGGUCGGGCAGAAGUUAAAAGAUAUGGUUGCAUCUUCACUUGUCUGUCGACGAGAGCAGUCCACAUAGAGGUGGCCCAUUCUCUCGAUACGAGUUCGUUUGUAUACGCCUUGCGUCGAUUUAUCGCAAGGAGAGGAAAUCCAAACCAGAUGAGAAGCGACUACGGCACGAACAUUGUCUGUGGUGGAAAGGAAAUCCGACAAGCUAUUAAAGAAUGGAAUCAGCAGCAAAUUAACGAGUUUUUAUUACAACGAGAUAUACAGUGGCUUUUUAAUCCUCCAGGAGGUUCUCAUCAUGGUGGUAUAUGGGAAAGAUGCAUAAGAUCCGUCCGGAAAGUAUUAGCUGCCUUACUUCACGAACAAAGAUUGGACGAUGAAAGUUUGCCUACCUUCCUAUGCGAAGUUGAAGCAAUUUUAAACGGAAGACCUCUUACAAGUGUCUCAAACGAUCCGAGAGAUUUAGAAGCACUUACUCCUAACCACCUACUUUUGCUACGAGCUGGUCCAGACUUACCACCUGGUAUGUUUACAAAGGAAGAUUGUUACUCACGAAGAAGAUGGCGACACGUGCAAUAUUUAUCAGACCAAUUCUGGAGACGUAGCUCUUCUUCAAAGCAGACAGAAAUGGAACCGUUCCCGUAGGAAUUUUCGCGAAGGAGAUAUCGUUCUAAUAGUGAAUGAGACAACCCCAAGAAGUUCCUGGCCGUUGGCAAGAAUUACAGAAGUUUACCCCGACGUCAAGGGUCAAGUAAGAAAAGUUAAAUUACGGACAAGAUUAACAAUAUUAGAACGACCUAUAACUAAGUGUAUUUUAUUAGAAGGAGUGGAUGAGUUCUAAGUAACUGAACAGAUUUGAAUUGAAAUACUUUGUACAAGAUACACUUUAUCCAUAGUUAUUUAAAGGGGCCGGGAAUGUAACUUCUGUUAAUUAGAUAUUAACAUAAGAAUGGAAUAUUGACAUCAGAAUAUUUAAUAAGCUAUAAACGCUUGCGCAAGAACCUUUUUAGGUUAGAUAUGACUAAGAAGCUAAGGUUAUAACAUGUAGAUGUACAAGACAUAAUUAAGAUAUUCUACACGAUGUGGAAUAAAUCCCUGGAUAACGUCAAAGUGAUUGUAAGUAUAUAUAUAUAUAUAUAUAUAUAUAUAUAUAUAUAUAUAUAUAUAUAUAUAUAUAUAUAUAUAUAUAUAUAUAUAUGUGCGAACGUUUAAUAUUUGUAGACCAUAUUGUUCAUAUUUAAGUGUUUGUAAAUUUGUAGAAACCGUACCGUUACGUACCGAACAACGCUAUGUGAAUAAAGUAUUAAAAAGAACGAGUUGAUCACAAGUUAAUUAAGCAGACUUUAGCAUCUACAGUGUAAAUAAUAUAGAUGUAUUUUACUGUAUGGAAAAUACUUGUUAUAUUAAUAAAUUAAGCAACAUUUUGUUGUAUGAAUAAAGUUUACUUGAUUUCUGUACAAUUUAGCAAGUGUUAUUUUUCAAAAUUAUGCCAAUUUUAAAUAUUAUAACAAAUACGUCCGAACAGUUUUUAUAGAAAUAAUUGUUUGUCAGUUUUUGGCAAUAAUGAAGAGUUUUGACAAACGUAAAUUAAGUGGAACGACGCAAAAUUAUGUACAGAUUAACGUAAUUCUCCUGAGAACGAAUCUUCUUUGGAAAAAGUGGGAUUAAAUUGUCACAAAUGUCCAAACGAAAUCUAAAUUUGUGGUUAAAAUCUCGUAAUAAAAAGAUUUUGUCCACAAAAUUGCUAAAUAGAAUAUUGCACUUAGCUCUGGAACGUGUUGUAUAUUCUGCAGCGCAUAUAACAUAAUAAUUCACGAUAAGGCAAUGUAUAGUCAAAAGUGUAUAUAGCGAAUGUUUGAGUGAAUUCCAAAGAGUAUAUAGUGUAUAUGUAUAUACAAUAUACGUUAUUAUCAGUAUAUAGUCAAAAGUACAGUGGCCCACACCGGCAACACAGAAAUAUAAUAGAAUUACGAAAAAAAUUCUUAUUACUGAUAUAUCAUAAAUAUAUAAACAGUAUAACAAAUACAUUUUCAGUACAGAAAUAUUUCUCAGUACACAGAUAUAUUUCUCAGUACUCAUGCAGAUAUAUAUUUCAUAGUACUCAGAAAUAUUUCUCAGUACGUAGAUAUAUUUCUCAGUAAGCAGAAAUAUUUCUCAGUACGCAUGCAGAUAUAUUUCUCAGUACGCAUGCAGAUAUAUUUUCUCAGUUCGCAGAUAUAUUUCUCAGUACGCACAUAUAUUUCUGAGAACGCAGAAAUAUAUCUCAGUACGCAGAAAUAUUUCGCAGUACGCAAAAAUAUUUCUCAGUACACAGAUAAAUUUCUCAGUAUGCAUGCAGAUAUAUAUUUCUCAGUAUACGCAGAAAUAUUUCUCAGUACGCUCCACCUAAACUUUACACGUGAGCAAGGAAGCACCGCCUAAACUUUACACGCGAGCAAGAUGGCAGGGGCUAUUUCGCUGGAAUCAGAGUGACAAAACGUAAGAAAGCAACGGUUGUCUAACACUGACCCUAUUUCAAACACCAACCCUAACGGCAACCCUAAUCCUUACCCUAACCUAACCCUACUCCAAGUUUGUUUCUAAACCAAUCUUGAAGAAAAAUUUUUGGACGAAAUGUCAUUCUGAGGUCAGCGAAAUAACAUUUUCCGAGCAAGAUGGCUGUGAAUCAGUCGAGCGCGAAGUUUCGCUCCAAUUGUAGAUUUGUUUAGAAAAAAACAUUUGUUUUUGCCCAAAGUGUGGAAAAGACAUAAUAAAUAAUGCCAACAUCAAAGAAGAUGAAAAGUUCAAGACUGAAAUACCCUCCGGCAGGGCAAGUAGUAGCAGUAGAUUCGCAAUGCCAAGGUUUUCCUUGCCAAGCUUUCACGCCUUUAAAACCAAGAAAGAAACGGAACGACAAAAUUCGCUUGCCAAAAAGAGUGCCACUAUUAACAAGAAAAGGAAAAUAGAAGACAAAGAAAAAGUAAAACGGGGAGAAACGAUUCCGUUCAUGAUUUCUUCGACCGCCUCAGGACAUACGAUUCUUGCAGCAGCGGUUAAAGAGCAUGGUGACUUUAACAGGCGUUUUGUGAAUGUCAAAGGAAGCAACUACAUGUUGAUUUUCAAAGAUGGCGGCGAUGUUGAGUUUGUUCCAGGCACUGACACUUCACAGCGGUAUAAAGAAGUAUCGGGAUAUGGGUAUUCUAGGAUAUAUUUAUAUCUUUUACCCAUCUUUGACGAACCCGAGCCGGGUAGAUUGAAUAUUAGUGACAGUGAAGAUGAAAAGGAUGAAUUGCCAGCAGUCACCUGGUUAAUAAAGAAUGCUACCUCACAAAGUAAGAUAUUGAAUUUGUAUUGGCAGAUUGCAUUUAUUUUCUGUGCGGAAAAUAAAUGCAAUCUGCCAUUAUAUUAAUACCAGUCAUUUUUCAUUGAAAUUUCAUUUAUAAAUUAUUAAUAUGUAUAUAAGCAGCAUCAGGGGCGUAGCGACUGGGGGGAGUAAUUUCAGAUAAAUUUCCAGCAUAUUUUCAGGUAAAUUCAGUGAACUUUGCACUCUGAAUCAGAAUUAACAUUCUAACUACUAAGGACAAUCAGACACAAUGUAUGUGGGGGAGGGGGAGGAGACAUGGACAAAUACCCUUUCUGACGAUCUGAAUUUCCAAAUUUUCUCAAUUUUCCUAGUCACAUUAAACUGUAAGUAACAUUGUCAAUUGAUCAGUAGUUGUUUUACUUAUCUUCAUCGUUAGGCAGCACUAAAAUAUUGAAAUAUUAUGAAUAUUGAAUACCAUGACUUGCAUACAUUUGAAAUUAUUCUAUAUUUAUCAGGUAGCCAGUUUGUAAUGGUAUAUAGUUGUAUUAAUCCACGUGCCAGCAGAAUAUAACACUCUACCGGCAAAUGUAAACAAAUACACACCUACGAAAUAACCUUAAUUUUUCAUUGCUUGAAAACUAAUUCGUCCCUAUAGUUAUAGUCAUUAUCAACAUUGUAGCGAUUUAUGGGCCUUUGAAAGUCAAACACGAUCAUGUAUCAAAUUAAGCAAUUGUCUGAACAAAAAUUAGACUAGCCAUAAAUAGAUAAAUAGAUAGAUAGAUUGAUAGAUAGAUUGAUAGAUAGAUAGAUAGAUAGAUAGAUAGAUUUGAUUGAUUGAAAUCUUUAGUUAAACACGGUGGUUUUAUCAAAUGGAAUAAAUAAUAAUUAUUUACAAUUUGUUUUUCCUAAAAGCCGUGUGUAAUUUACAAAAUACGUACAUAUUUACAAUUUUUUUAAUUUUUGAAGGAAAAGAAACCAUUUACAAUUAUUCAUAGAAUAAUAACUGACUAUUUUGGCUGACUCGUACCCAGUCGUCAAUUUAUAUAGAUCAGUGUACGGAGUUUUGCGUUGCAUGAUGGGAACGACGAAGCAAAAUUGACGACUGGCAGAUCACAAAGAAACAUGGCGGAAACAGUAAUGGCGGGCGCCAGCGAUGAUUGUGUAAAUGCAGCGAGACUUCACGAGAGGCCGUUUCAUGCCGCCUAUAUAAAUGAAAAGAUUCCAUGUCCUCUUCCGCAAUGUAGACGAGAUUUUCGAAAUGAUUUUUUUGAGGUGAACGGGCUCGCUCAGCAUUUUAGAGCGAAACAUAGUGGUGUAACUUUCACAGACAAACACGUGGAUGAAGCAAAAUGCGUGCUAAAGUCAUUGCAUGGCGAAGAAACGAAGAGCCACUUGGAAAAGUUGUCUACCGCGCGUCGUAACCUGGUAAGCACAAUGUUUGCGGACAUAUAUGCAAAUUUUUUUUCUGUAAGGACGCGUCAUAAUACAUGUUGUCAUGUUGACUCAAAGCUGUUUAUAAUUUACAUAUUUUUAGAAGAGCGAACCUUACAUCGGAUACAAUGUAUUUACGAAGCACGGGGAUUGUCACAAUUUAUAUGUCGCUGCAAAAGAUGCGAAAGAGGCUGCUAAACUUGUUGGAAUGGUUCUAUUGCAUUUUGGAUAUCUGAAACCAUACUCCAAGGGCAACAGAGGUGAACCAAUUGAUGUAAAAGGAGGAAACAUCACUGCCACUUUCAAUGUGUUUUUUACUACCAAGACGGAGUCUGGUAAAGAUAUGACUGUGGUCAUUGCAGAAGCCACAUUUGUGAAGAAGGUAGGAACUUAA